CCCGCCUGGUUCGACGAGGCCAAGGUGGGCGUGUUCGUGCACUGGGGCGUGUUCGCCGUGCCGGCCUGGGGCUCCGAGUGGUUCUGGUGGAACUGGCGGGGCGAGGGCCGCGCCGACUACGAGCGCUUCGUGGCGGAGCGCUACCCGCCCGGCACCACCUACGCCGACUUCGCGCCGCUCUUCACCGCCCACGACUUCCAGCCGCGCGACUGGGCCAGCCUCUUCCAGCGCGCCGGCGCCAGGUAUGUGGUGCUGACCACAAAGCAUCAUGAAGGCUUCACAAACUGGGGGUCGCCAGUGUCCUGGAACUGGAAUUCAGUAGAUACUGGGCCCCAUCGAGACCUAGUAGAGGAACUGGGACAGGCUCUCAGAGACAGGAAUAUAUACUAUGGACUGUACCAUUCCCUCUUAGAGUGGUUUCAUCCACUCUAUUUAGAUGAUAAAAAAAAUGGCUUCAAGACACAGAAUUUUGUCUUUCAGAAGACUAUACCAGAGCUUUAUGAUCUUGUCUUACGGUACAAGCCAGAUUUGAUUUGGUCAGAUGGAGACUGGGAGGCUCUGGACACGUACUGGAAUUCGACCUCUUUCCUUGCAUGGCUUUAUAAUGACAGUCCUGUCAAGGAUACAGUUGUGGUGAAUGACCGCUGGGGGAAGAACUGCUCCUGCCACCAUGGUGGCUUCUACAACUGUGCUGACAAAUACAAGCCGGGCAUCCUGCCGGAUCACAAGUGGGAGAUGUGCACUUCUGUUGACAAAAGGUCCUGGGGCUAUCGAAGCAACAUGCAACUUGCUGAGCUGACAGAUGCAUCCAGCAUCAUCAGAGAUCUAGUGCAGACCGUGAGUUUCGGAGGGAACUAUCUUCUCAACGUGGGCCCUACGAAAGAAGGAGUGAUUGUGCCAGUCUUCCAAGAAAGGCUUCUGUCCCUUGGAGAGUGGUUGGGCAUUAAUGGGGAAGCAAUUUAUGCAUCCAAGCCAUGGAGGGUGCAGGUGGAGAACAGCACGAACAAUGUAUGGUACACGUCUAAAGGUCCAAUUGUUUACGCCAUCUUUCUGAACUGGCCUCGGGAUGACAUGCUGAAGCUGUCUUCACCUAUUCCAUCUUCAGACACCGAAGUGACCUUGUUGGGAUUCUCUGGGACUGUGAAGUGGGAGAAGUCCCCAGAUAAGGGAUUACUGAUCACUCUGCCCUACAUAUCCCCAUCUGUUUUACCUAUGCAAUUGGGCUGGACCCUCAGGCUGGAAGGUGUAAAGUGACAGCUGUUGAAAAGAAGCCUGGAAUUACUACUUUAAUUUUUAAGCCAAAAGAAUCUGAAUAAAUCAUUUAUUCUUUCUCAUCUAAGAGCUUAACUUACCUAAGCCACUCCGGCCAGGAAAGACUGGUGGUACACACACCAACAUACCACCAGACAUUUUAGAUGGGAGUGAAGGCCUGAUCUUUUUCUCCACCCGUCUGCUGACCAAUGAAGAAGUUUGCCAUGACUUCCACUAGUCCUGUUCUUUUGUUGGAUUGUGACUAGGGUCAGGCUUCUAAGACUUACUGUGAGAUCUUUAGCUGGGCUUCUUUGCAGAUGUUGAUUUGCUGCUUUGAUUUAAGGCUAUGUGUCCUCAUAGACACAAGAUGAGUUGGGAGCAGGAACAAAAAUAAGUGUGGAGUGUCUACAGAGGUGGUUGAAUUGAGAGCUACAGCCAAGAUGACUGAAAAAAACUGAAUAAAUGGCACCUCAAUAAUAUGGUAAUAGGGUGCUUUAGAAGUGCCAGAGACAUAGGCCCUGCUGCCAAGGGGUCUUUGUGCUGCAGGAGAGUUUGGGAUUCUGAUAAUCACCAUAUUCAGUGUGCAGCUGGGGUCCACAAGGCUCUAUGGACAAAUAGAAGCCACUCUUCAUGUUUACAUUACUUUUAUAAUCGGGGAACAUGCGUUGGACUGGCCUGCAUGGGGCUAUCACUGCACCAGGGAAAGGAAAGCAGGAAAUGUGCACUGUUGGAAGACGGGAGCUGGUGUCCUCUGCAGCUACAUUAACAGAACUAGCUUGGGAGCUCUGAAAACACCUGCUGACUGAUUUUAAAUCAGAUUCUCUACUUGUUUUAAAUUUCAAUCUGUCUCUAAACAAAAUUUGGUAUCUUAACUCUUUUUACAGUGGUAGGUAAAAUGAUUAAAUAUCUUCCACAGGAUGAAUCUUUUAUGGGUAUAAUUGAAGUGUAACUGAAAUCAAGCAUGAUGCCUUCUCAGAUUUGUAUGGACAAUGUACUUAAAAUAAAACCUGCGUUUGGAGAAAA